AUGGCGAGCAUUGCAGCCAAGACUUCUGGUCCUGCCGAAGUCCCUGCAGGCGAGAACGACAACCAGCAGAAUGGAGAGCAGCGUGCAACGGGGCACAUGCAUGGGUGGGCUCUCGCCACGUUGACCCUGGCCUUCAUGUCCGUUUGCUUCGUGCUAGCACUCGACAAUACCAUCCUAGCGACCGCGAUACCGCAGAUCACCAGCGACUUCCAAAGUUUGAACGACAUUGGCUGGUAUGGCUCUUCCUACUUGAUCGCGCAAAUGGCACUGCUACCGACCUGCGGCCGCUUCUAUGCAUUCUACAACAUCAAGUGGGUAUACUGCAUUUCGCUGGUCGUCUUCGAACUCGGCUCCGUCAUCUCGGCAGUUGCACCGAACUCGAUGACGCUUAUAAUUGGGAGAGCAGUUUCUGGCAUGGGCGCUGCUGGUCUGGUGAGCGGAACGACAACUAUUCUGUCAUACUGCGUCGCUCUGAAAAUGCAGGCGAAACUAUCACCCUUCAUCAUGGGCAUGUUCAGCAUUGGAUCUGCAGUAGGGCCACUCGUCGGUGGUGCUAUAACGGAUAGCGCGGUGCUCACUUGGCGCUUUGUGUUUUGGAUUAAUCUCCCUUUUGGAGCUGUCGGGCUGGCUCUAAUUUGGUUCACCUUGAGGAACCCUCCGCCCGCAGUACAAGGAGGACUGCCAUGGCAACAGAAGAUACGCCAACUCGACAUUCCGGGCGCUACUAUACUUCUUGGCGCAACAUCAUGCUUGAACCUGGCUCUGCAAUGGGGUGGCAUCGUUUAUCCAUGGUCUGACCCGAGGGUGUUUGGCUGCUUGAUCGGAUUCGGUUUGCUUAUGGCCUCCUUCUUGGGCUUGCAAGUCCGAGGUAAAGAAAGCGCUACUGUUCCUCUUCACAUCUUCCGAAGUCGUACAGUAUCUGCGUCAUGCGGCUUCAUGAUGCUUGUCCAGGUGGCCAUAGUACUCCAGUCAUACUUUUGGCCCAUAUACUUCCAGUCGGUCAGGAAUACCACUGCUAGAGAGUCGGGUAUCAAUCUACUUCCGUCGAUUGUGUCCAACAGCCUCGGCACCAUCUGCGCUGGCUGGUUCUCCUCCACGUUUGGGCACUAUGUACCGUUAAUGUGGAUCGGCGCCCCUGUCCUGGCCGCGGGAGGUGGUCUGUUUCAACUCAUCCGCCCCGAUAGUCAGCGUGGACAAUGGAUUGGGUUCCAGAUCUUGGCCGGGUUUGGCUAUGGGAUGUGUAGCCAAAUGCCGAUUCUGGCGGUCCAGGUCGUCCUCAAAAAGGUAGACAUCCCGACGGGCCUUGUCAUGGUCAUGUUCGUCCAGAUGCUUGGAGGCGCUCUGGCUCCUAGCGUCGGGCAGAACAUCUUCACUGAUGGGCUUCUGCGAAGUCUGGGCGAGAUCCAGGGAAUCGAUGCUGCAGCCGUAGUGGAGGCCGGUGGGAGGGGAUUCAGGGAGAUUGUUCCCCCACAGCUGAUGGAUGCGGUCAUUGACGCAUUCAAUUCUGCUUUGAGAAAGGUCUUCUGGGUGGGCCUUGCUACUCCAGCCCUUGCUGCGAUCGUUAGCUGGGCAAUUGAGUGGCGACGGCUGCCUGACCCGAAGAGUCAGAGUACUGAAGCUUCAGCGACAGAGGUCUCAGAGAAAUCAGCCAACUAG